CAGCGGGCACCUCAACCGCGUUCAAGGAGGCACUCCUCUCGCGACGGCGGCUCCAAGCUGGGCAGCAGCCGCGGCACCAAUCGCGCCGCCAGCUGCAGCAACUUGCUGUGGGGACGGCUUCCAACGGCAGCCUGGUUGCGCUGGUCCCUGCGCCCAAGGCACAGGUGUUCACACCGACAUGUCCUCGAGAGGUCACCUGCAACACGGUCGAGGUCAUGGCGGCGUACCUGGAUGUAGCUCAGGAAGCCCUGGCGGUGCCUGUACGCUGCGUCGUGCUCGCCAGCGCCAAGGACGUACCGAGCACCCAGGCGGUGGCUGGUCUAGCCAACGACACGACC